UGCGCUCUCCGCGCGCCGGCAAACCGGCAGGGGGCGCUCCGCGCUGGCUUGCUCGUUUCCCUAGAGACUGAGCUGGCCGUGGCUGCCGCGGCCAGGCAACCAAAGCACUCAAGAUGCCAUCGAAGAGAAAGGACAAAAAGAAAGGCAAGAGCAAAGGCAAAAACAAGAAGAAAAUAGGAAAAAUAGAUGACUCUAUCUCUGUGGUGGAUCAAGCCAAGGCGAAUGCCUCCCUUUGGGAGGGAAGGUUGGAGAUCACGGAACUCUCUAGGACUGAGUAUCGUGAUGUUUGCUGGAGACUUGCCAAAAGUAAUGAAGACUUUAAGAAACAACAGUAUAAAAUGGAGAAAGACACCAUGUCUAUAUUAAACUAUAUGAAGAGGCAGGAGCAGGAAAAAGAUAAUAUGAUUGAAAAGCUGCAACAGCAACUGGUUGAAACAAAGGAAAAAGCCCAAGAGGAGAAGGAAAAACUGGAAGAAAAGUAUGCUGUGCAAAUAAGCAGGCUGGAGGCACAGUUCAAUGUAAAAGCCAAAGAAAUUGGCGUGAUUCAGACAGAGCUGAAAACAAUAAAACAAUUCCAGAGGAGAAAAAUUCAAAUGGAGAAAGAAUUAAACGAUCUAAAAGACAAUUUAAGAGUGACAGAGAAGAAACAUCAGGAAACUCUUAGAAGAAUGGAAGGCAAAUUUUUUGAAGAAAAGCACCGGUUAGAACAAGAGGCUGAAAAGAAGAUAAUAAUGCUAGCAGAGAGAGCCCACCAUGAAGCCGUGGUGCAAUUGAAUGCUGCUGGAAGAAAUGUUUUUAAAGAAAAUGUUUAUCUCCAGAAAAGUCUUGCAUAUCACUUGAAAGAAGCUGAUGCUCUACAAAAAACCUCCCAGAAUCUGAAAGAAAGUCAUACCAAUCUGUUACAACAAAAGGAGAUCAAUGAACUACUGGUUAAAGAGAAGAUAAUGCAACUUACCCAGCAAAGAGCACAAAUCCACAUUCUUCGGAAGAAGGUGGUAAGCUUGGAGAAUGCUCUGAGUUUUAUGACCAAAGAAUUUGAGGCUGAAGUUUUGAAAGUGAAGCAACAGGCAAUGAUAGAGAAUCAAGCAGGUCAGGUAGAAAUUGACAAGCUGCAGCAGCUUCUUCAAAUGAAGGACAGGGAAAUGAACCGAAUAAAGAAGCUGGCCAAGAACAUACUGGACGAGAGAACAGAAGUGGAAAGUUUCUUUUUAGAUGCUCUAUAUGAAGUGAAGCGACAGAUCCUAAGCAGCAGAAAGCAUUAUAAACAGGUAGCACAAGCUGCUUUCAAUUUAAAAAUGAGAAUGGCCUGUGCAGGACAAACACAGUAUCCCCAGAUCAGGACAUUUGACGGCAGAGAACACAGCACCAACAGUGUGAAUCAGGAUCUCAUGGAGGCUGAAAAAUGGACAAGUACUCAAAAAAAUGUGGAUAUUGGAGAUUUGACUUGGGAGCAGAAGGAGAAAGUCUUGAGAUUGCUCUUUGCAAAAAUGAAUGGUUCUGUUCUUAGAAAUGAAAGUAAGCUUCAAAAUCAGACAGAUGAAGUUGAGCUUCAAGAUCAAACCGAUGAAAGUAAGCUUCAAGGUCAGACAAGUGAAGCUAAGCCUCAGGAUCAAACAGAUGAAAGUAGGCUUCAAGAUCAGACAUUCAUCACUCAGCAAGUUCCAGUCUCAGACUCUGAAAUGGCAAUGUCCAGUAUUCUGAAAGGAUUACAGGAGUCCAACAUGGGGUCUUUCUGAGAAACCAUGUAGAACAACAUAUGAGACCACAGAGCUGCUGACAAGCCUUUCUCGGCAGAAUCCUUGCUCCUGAAUGUAUUCAAGAAAUUUUCUCAAAGGGAAGAAUGUUUAACUCAAGUUACCUGUUUGCCGUAGAAAUUGGUGUCUCCUCUAAAGGAAGCUCGAGAGCCAGUGAAUGAGAACAUUGGCAAAGGCACUGGUAUGGGGACAUUGACCCCCACCUAAAGCAGAACAAAUCCACAUCAAAUUCCAAGCAAAGAACACAGAGGACCCUGACUAUGGAUUCUCCAUGUAGAAGCACAAAGACAAUAAAAAGACUGAUCUGAUUUUUUUUUUUUAAUUUCAGAACUUCAUGAGUUUUUUUUUUUUAAUUUGGUUUUUUUUUUUUUUUUUUUUUGAGAGAGACCCAAUGAACUAGGUAUCUUUUACCCCACAAACUUUUAUUCUUGAAGGAGAAAAUGGAGCACUGGGGAAAAUUAAAGGGGCAUCUUUAAACAAGCUGCAGUGAUUGGUCACUACUUAUUGUCUCUUAGCAUGGUAAAGAGCUAGAAGAAUUUUAAAAACCCCUAAUCACAAACCUGUCCGACAUCCACCUGGUGGGAAUAUUUCCGAGCAGUGGCUCCAUUGGUGGUGAAGAUGGCGGUUCCAUUUCCAUAUGGGUUGUCAUUUAUAAUCUUAAUAGCUUCAUCCAAUGUUUCUGUCUCCAGGACCACAAGAACUGGGCCAAAAAUCUCCUCUUUGUAACAGGUCAUAUUUGGCUACCAAGAGUGAUAUGUCCAGAAAGAAGUCAGCUUUUUGGAUUCUGAAUAUUUUAUGCUUAUUUGGUUCUUUUACUGUCAAGCUGUUUACAUGGACAGCUUGCGUAUUUGCAGUCUGCUUCAUAUUAAAUCUCUUAUUUAAAAAAAGGUCCUCUCUGUGUUCCAGAAUCUGGGCAACCAACAUACAAUAACUUGAAACUCCUGUUAAUUAUAAUAUACUCCCAUUUCUAGUUCCCAUGAAACAUCAAAAGCCUCCUAUUUAAUACAAGUACUACUACUUCCAUACAAUUCUUAUGUUACCAAAAAGUUACAUAGAAGUUCAUUUUAAUAAUUAAACAUAUAUUAAAUAUACCAAGAGAAGUUUGUUUAUAGGAAUGCCAUGCUAAAUUUCCUAUAACUAAUAAUUUUAUCAUUCACUUCUUUGCCUUCCAAGUACAUUUGUACAUUUUUACUUAGAUACUGGGUCACACUUAAACAGUCAAAACAUCCUCAGUACUGCAUCUAGUCAGCUGUGUUGCUAAUUAGUAGAUUUUUUUUCUUUAUGGUUCUAUGGCAAGUGUUCAGUCCUAAUUCAUGAUUAUAGUGGGGAUAUAUGAAUUUCAAAAAAAACUUUCUACUCUCAACCUAGUCAAAUAUUAGCUGACUUUCAGAGUUUUGAUAAAUAAAAAUUGACCAAUGAAUUCUUUUUGUAAUUUUCUUGUGAAAAAUACAGCUAACUUUUGGGUACAGAGUAGGUGUUCAAUAAAUCGUGGUGGACCUGUACUCCUAGCUGUGUGGAAGGCUGAGGCAGAAGCUGAGUUUGAGGCCAACUCAGGCAACUUAGCAAGAUCUAGUCUCAGUAAACAGCUCAGUAUUCCCUGGGCCCAUUCCUCAGCAGUAGGGGAAGAAACUGGUAAAUAACAUAUUGUUUGAGAUACUGCGAUAGCUCUGGGUGGGAGGAAGGAAUGGGAAACAGAACUAAACAAGUAACCAAAGUAAUGUAAGAUAGUGGUUGGCUAACUGCCGCCUGUGGGCCAAAUGUGGCUGGCUACCUGUACAGUCCACAGGUAAGGAUGAUUUCUACAUUUUUCAGGGCUGAGAAAAAUACCACAAGAAUAUUCCAUGAUGUAAAACUACAUAAAAUUCAAAUGUAUGUCCAUAAAUAAAGUUGUAUUAGAACACA